CAACGUUCAUAUAAUCAAUGCGUAUUAACAUUAAUGCGGAGCUAAAAUAAAGUCAGUGAGAAUUGAGUUGCUAUGAAUUAAUAAUAAAUUGUUUGUUUAACAUUAAAGGUUAUGUAUAAGUGAUGACGUGUUAUAAAUUAUUAAACAUCACAUGACUGAUAAAUGUCGAAAUUUAAUCAAUCUUAAUGCACAAUUACAAUUUUAUAAUAUGUUAUACAAGUAAAAGUUAAUUUGUACCUAGAGGAAUAUUAACAAAGCAGACAAUGGGAUCUGAAAUGGAUAUAUGCGGCCCAUGCAAGUUUAGAAAUGAGGACAAAGGGGCAAUUAAGUACUGUUUGACAUGUGAGGAACCACAAUGCAGUACAUGUGCUGAUAUUCAUGCAAGUAGUAAAGCUACGAGAAAACACCUUUUAUUAGCAAUUACCGACUUAAACAAAGCAUCAAAGACAACUGAAGACUUAAAAAAGUUUCAAAACUGCAAUGAACAUACCGACAAGAAAAUUGAGUUUUUCUGCUUAGACCAUGAACAUUUCUUGUGUAGUACUUGCUUACUGAACAUAAGUGAGUUUAAAUGUAAAACAAUUGUUGAUAUUGAAACUGCGGGUGAGCAUCUCCUGACUACUAAAUUCAACGAAAGAAUAUCAAAAGAUUUAGACGAUGUAUCAAAUAAUUGGAGAGAACAAGAAAACGAAAUUCAGCGCAUGAUAGACAACGGUCAUCUGAACAAGCAAGAAAUUCAAAAAUAUAUAACUGACCUUAAACAUAAAGUGAUCAGUCAAUUUGAAAAGUGUGAGAAGGAUAUACUAGACAAAAUUGAUACAACUGUAGAGAAGCGUAAUUCAGAGCUGAAAAAUCAACAAACCGUUCUAAAGGAGGCACGCACAACGGCAUCAGGAAACAGAGAUAUGCUGCACAAAAUUGUUGGUAAAAACUCAAGUGCUGAUAUAUUCCGAUGCUCUUUUUCAUUAAUAGAACAGAUGGAGAAGCUUCCGAUCAACGACGUUUCUAUGACAACCGAAAUUUGCAGUCAUUCAGUUGAACUAUCUCCUAUUAUGUACGCAUUCACAAAGUCCGUUGACAACCAUGCUCUUAUGUAUUGCAAAACAACAACAAGCAUGAGUACGCAACAAAAAUCUUUGAUGGUUACAGAAGACAGAGAAAGCUUCCUCAAGACAACUAAACAAGUUGCUCUCACUAGAGAUCAAGAACUUUCCGAUGAUUAUAUGUGCUCUAGUUCCGAUGCAGAUGUAGAAGGUCCUUGUGCAAAUUCAAAAGACGUAGCUGAAAAAGAUUGUGAAGAAAAGCCAAUGGAAGAUUCAGAUAGAAUAGCUAAAGAAAAUGUGCCAUUAAAUGAAGGUGUAGAUAAAGAAAAAGAUCUGUGGUUUGUUCAUAUUUCAGAAAAUGUUGUAACAACACCUGAUGGUAAACAACCGGAGAUAACAGGUAUUGUCUCAUUAACAGACGGUUGCAUUGUCUUGUCUGACAGUAAAUGGUCAAGAUUGUUGCGCUUGAAAAUAAACUUAACAUAUAGAGACACAGCAAAAAUGCCUUAUCCACCAGGAAACAUGACAGUGCUUAACGAACAAUUUCUUGUGGUUUGCUUCCCAACUGGAAACCGUGUUGCAUUCGUUUCCGUAUCCACUGGCCUUAAAUGGAUGAGAAAUUUUAUAACUUCUCAUACUCCAAGGGGUAUUCAUGCCAUUGACAAUAGCCGGCUUCUUCUUUCAAUGAAAGAUGAUUCUGAUGAUAAAUGGUAUCUUCAUAUUGUUUCAACAGCUGGCGCGUUGACACGGGACAUUGGGAAAACAAGGUCAAUUCAAGAUGCCUCUCUGAUUUCGUCAAUUAAAUUAACGGUAGCGUCUCCGCGGUAUUAUCUUCAAUGCUGCACUUUCUCAGAUGCGCUCUAUUGUUAUGAUGUCAACGGAAAAGAGUUGUUCAAAUAUAGAGUUGGGUCCCCGAAAUACUUAUAUGUUGACAUGUCGGAAAGGAUUUUUGUUCUGGAUUCGUUUGGUCAGCUACAUAUUCUUACAAAUAACGGUAAGCUAAUUCAAAGAGUAAAUGUGCCAAAAGAAACGAAUGGAUUGACAUGCAGCAAGACAACAGACAAACUUCUUGUAAUCAAACAUUCUGCGACCACAAUCAGUGUUUAUCAAAAGCAAAGCAUUUAGUGUAUGAUCACACUAAAAAAGCGGCUCUGAUUACCAUAAAAAGAAAAGAAAACAUAGUAUUUACAUUAUCUUGCUCGAAAGUUAAAAAUGGAUCGAUUGGCUGGUUAUCAUGAUUUAUACAGAGAAUCUUUUCAUAACAGUUUACAGAUACAAUACAUUAUUAUAUUAUACAUGUAUGUUUUGUUUUGUUAUGUCAGAUAAUAUUUUUUUGUUAGAACUAAGGUUAAUUUUCAUGAAAGUUUAUUGCCGGGUUGAACAGGUGCAAACCCGGGUUAUAGUAUGGUGAAUGUCGGGCUUCAAGCGGGCCUGCAGGCGGACGGGCGGGUGGACGGACGGAGAAAAAUUGUCAUAACAGUUUUCUUAGCAACUUCUUAUCACAGCCUCUAGUAUUUGGUACAUGGCAUUGACACGUUGUCCCAUACCAUGGGAUUUGAAUUCCGGUCUGUCGCUCAUCCACUCCCUGCAUGUUUACCGACUUUAAUAAAUUUCGACAUUAAUGGUCAAUGUUAGGACCUUUUCGUAACAGUUUUCUCAGCAAAAACUUAUGACAGGCUCUUGAUAUUUGGUAUACAGUAUUAACAUAUGGUCCCAUACCGUUGGAUUCAGUUUCAGGUCUGUUGCUUAUCCACUUCCUGUUUACCGACUUAGUCAAAUUUUCGACAUUAAUGGUCAAUGGUUAAAAAAAUCGUAACAUCACAGCCUCAUGAUAUUUCUUAUACAAAUACAACCCGGCUUUUUCUUUCUUUGGCCCAUUUUUUACGAUUAUUGAUAGCUUAGACUGCUAAUAAAAUCAAAAUGCAUGAAAGACACAAUACAAAAUAUUUUAAAAAGCUCUUAUAUAUAAAGCUAUGCAAGUAUAAAAUAAUUUACAUUUAUAUAUUAAAGGUACUCCACUGAGGUUUUUUGACAUGAUGGGACUGGAAAUAAUGUUUUGAGAUUAUUACUCCAUUUGAUGUAGAUCUAUACCAAUUACUUAUGUGCAAAAUUUCAGAUCAUUAGCUCGCUCCGUUUUUCCAGAAUAAUUAAUAUAAUAGUGAAAAAUGACCCAAAAUUGAAAAGCGUUUACGCUUUUCGCUCAAAUCGGACUGAAAAUAGCACAAACAUACGAUUUUCAAUAUAUUUCCAGUAUAUUUCUUAAUUAUAUCUUAUUUAUAUUUCUGUUUUAAGUGCUCAUGUUUAUCUAUGUGAAAUUUUUUUUUUUUUUUUUUUUUGUUUUUAGGCUUAUAAACCUCAGUGGAGUUUCUUUAAAGAAAUUUCGUAUAUAUGUGUUUUUCUUGAUAUGCAAUUUGAAUGAAUCUGACAAAUGCAUGUGUCUGUCGAUUUGUUGUUUAUAUUUUUUUAAUGUGUGUAAUAUAUAGUUGUUGUUUUUAUUACAUUGUUUAAUUCAAGGGCACAUUGUAUGUGUUUCUGAAAAUGUGUUAUCUUCAUGCAAUAAUGUGUUUUUAUUGUUGUUGUUAUUAUUAGUAGUAUUUAGUAUUAGUAUUAGAAGUAGUAGUAGUUGUAGAAAUAGUAGUA